UGAGCAGCAGGUCAGUGCUAACAUGGUCUCCUUGGAUAAAACUAUGUGGAUUCCAAUGCUACUCAUUUAUUCCCUGCCCGUUUCAGAUGCUCUUCGGGCAAAGACACCUGUAAGAGGAGUUGUGGGAACAAAUAUCACAAUCGAUUGUCACUAUGAAUCACAGUACCGCUCACACACAAAAUACUGGUGUCUCGGGUGGACUCGCUUGUGUUCAGAUGUAGUGAAAACAAAUGGGCAACACAGACGGAGGAGAAGAGUGUCAAUCACAGAUAACCCGACACAAGGAAUGUUUACUGUGACUGUGGAGGAUCUUCUCUCUAGAGAUACAGGAUGGUACAGCUGUGGAAUUACUACAUCUGGCUUGGAUCCAAUGUUUAACGUUAGGCUCCAAGUAUCUGACGUUUCAGGUGCGCUGUGGGGGAAGCAACGUGUAGAGGGAGUUGUGGGAAGAGCGGUCACAAUCGAUUGUCACUAUGAAGCAAAGUACCGCUCACACACAAAAUACUGGUGUCAAGGGUGGACUCGCCAGUGUAGAGUUUUAUUGGAAACAAAUGGGCAACACGGACGGAGUGGAAGAGGGUCAAUCACAGAUAACCCGGCACGAGGAAUAUUUACUGUGACUGUGGAGGAUCUUCGCUCUGGAGAUACAGGAUGGUACAGCUGUGGAAUUACUACAUCUGGCUACGAUCCAUUGUUUAACGUUUAUCUGACGGUAUCUGACGAACCUGUGUCUGUUCCUGUGCUUGGAUUACUGUCACCAGCCAAUGUCCCCGAUGUCAGAGGCUCAGUGACAGUGUCCUGUAAGUCUGAGCGGGGAUCUCUUCCCAUUAGCUACACCUGGUAUGAAAAUACCUUAAAGAUCUCAAAUAACAACAACCUGGAUCUACGUUGUCGAUCCUUCAAACUACAAAGCCAUCAAUAUUACUGCAAAGCCUCAAAUGAUAACGGGACAAAGUCCAGUGAAAUGGUCACUGUGGCAGUGUCCAACACCGGAGAGAAUUGCAGUUAUGUGGUGCAUUUCGGUAACAAUGUUUCAGGUGCCCUGCGGGCAGAGACACCUGUAAGAGGAGUUGUGGGAAAAAAUAUCACAAUCGAUUGUCACUAUGAAUCACAGUACCGCUCACACACAAAAUACUGGUGUCAUGGGUGGACUCGCUGCUGUUCAGUUGUAGUGGAAACAAAUGGGCAACACAGACGGAGGGGAAGAGGGUCAAUCACAGAUGACCCGGAACGAAGAAUAUUUACUGUGACUGUGGAGGAUCUUCACUCUAAAGAUACCGGACGGUACAGCUGUGGAAUUACUACAUAUGGCUGCGAUCCAAUGUUUAACGUUCAGCUCCAAGUAUCUGAUGAUCCACUGUCCACAUUCCCCGCGGUAGGAGCUACGAUCCCCGGCAAUUUCUCCUGUCGCGGGGGUUCAGUGACAGUGUCCUGUGAGUCGGUCCGGGGAUCCCUUCCCAUUAGCUACAGCUGGUAUGAAAAGACCCCAUCUGGGGAUUCAAAGAUCUCUGACAACAAUACCCUGGAUCUACAUUGUCAAUCCUUCAAACACCAGCACCAUCAAUAUUAUUGCACAGCCUCAAAUAAACUUGGAUCAAAAUCCAGUGAAAUGGUCAACGUGUCCAUCUCCAGCAGUGACGUGCCCUGCAGUUUCCUAGUGGAAAUCAACGGCACUGGACUUGAAUAUUCUUGUCAAACUUCAAAAAGAUCCAAGUAUACUUCAAGGAUCAAUUACAUAGUUGUGUCUGGUGUCACUGUGCUUCUCCUGAUUCUCAUCAUUGCCUUCUUUUGGUACCGAAAGCGUAAAACUGAGGAAUCCAAGUGCAAUACAUCACACGGUGAAGCCAACAAUGAAACCCAGGAAAUAACAGUGUUGGAAGGGACUGACGUUUAUGCAAAUCUGCAGCAACUUGGAAACAACAGGGCAGGUGACCAUUUGGAUAACAAUGAAGGUGAAAUCACGUAUGCAGUAGUGAAAUGUCAAAGGAAGACGAGAUCAAGGCAGCAUGUGGCUGAUAACGCUGUCAUCUACGCAGAUGUCAAUUUUCAUCGCAACUGCCCAAAGGGCAUUCGGAAACCCCACUCUCCUGGGACUCCAGAGAACACUGAGUCAAUCUAUGCCUCUGUCGUUUCUUAGGAGAGAUUUUUAAUUUGGUGUGAGUUUUUGGCAAUACUUGCUUUACUGCGUUAAUCUGUUCAAUACUUUGUCAAAGAUGGACACAAAAUGCUGGAGUAGCUCAGCAGGUCAGGUAGCAUCUCUGGAGAAAUUGGACAGGUGGUGAUAC